AUGCAUUCUUCAAAGGCCCAGAAUAAAAAGAGUAUGUCAAUAGGAGAGUGUUCCUACUUUGGAAUCGCAGGUUUGUUGAGCAUGUCUACAAUUCAAAGCAGUGUGUUUUCAGCUAUACUAGCCUGGCUCACCUUCGUCCCCCUUGCUGUAUUACAUUUGUGCAUUUAUGACAAAUUUCAAAAUUUGAACAAUCACAAAGACACUCUCUGGCUGGCAUACUAUGGAUUACAAUUUGUUUGGUUCCUAGGGAUUAUUAUAGACUUCUAUUCAUGA